CUGAUGGACACGAAGUGGGUGACCUCUGAGUUGGCAUGGACAACUCAUCCGGAGACAGGGUGGGAAGAAGUCAGUGGUUACGACGAGGCCAUGAACCCCAUCCGCACGUACCAGGUGUGCAACGUGCGGGAGGCCAGCCAGAACAACUGGCUUCGCACCAAGUUCAUCCAGCGCCAGGACGUCCAGCGCGUCUACGUGGAGCUGAAGUUCACUGUGCGGGACUGCAACAGCAUCCCCAACAUCCCUGGCUCCUGCAAAGAGACCUUCAACCUCUUCUAUUACGAGUCGGAUACGGAUUCUGCCUCUGCGAACAGCCCUUUCUGGAUGGAGAACCCCUAUAUCAAAGUGGAUACAAUUGCCCCGGACGAGAGCUUCUCCAAGCUGGAGUCUGGCCGCGUGAACACCAAGGUGCGCAGCUUUGGCCCUCUCUCCAAGAACGGCUUUUACUUGGCCUUCCAGGACCUGGGAGCCUGCAUGUCCCUCAUCUCCGUCCGGGCUUUCUACAAGAAAUGCUCCAACACCAUUGCUGGCUUUGCUAUCUUCCCGGAGACUUUAACGGGGGCUGAGCCCACUUCUCUGGUCAUCGCACCGGGCACCUGCAUCCCCAACGCGGUGGAGGUGUCUGUCCCCCUGAAGCUGUACUGCAACGGUGACGGCGAGUGGAUGGUACCCGUGGGAGCAUGCACGUGUGCCGCCGGAUACGAGCCCGCCAUGAAGGAUACCCAGUGCCAAGGCGUCCCCUCUGCCCCCCGCAGCGUCAUCUCCAACGUGAACGAGACGUCACUGGUGCUGGAGUGGAGCGAGCCGCAGGACACGGGUGGGCGGGAUGACCUGCUCUACAACGUCAUCUGCAAGAAGUGCAGCGUGGAGCGGCGCCUGUGCACCCGCUGCGACGACAACGUGGAGUUCGUGCCGCGCCAGCUCGGCCUCACCGAGCGUCGCAUCUACAUCAGCAACCUGAUGGCCCACACCCAGUACACCUUCGAGAUCCAGGCUGUGAAUGGCAUCUCCAACAAGAGCCCUUACCCUCCCCAUUUUGCCUCUGUCAACAUCACCACCAACCAGGCAGCCCCAUCUGCCGUGCCGACGAUGCACCUGCACAGCAGCACUGGGAGCAGCAUGACGCUGUCCUGGACGCCCCCAGAGAGACCCAACGGCAUCAUUCUAGACUAUGAGAUCAAGUACUCGGAGAAGCAAGGCCAGAGUGAUGGCAUUGCCAACACGGUCACCAGCCAGAAGAACUCGGUGCGGCUGGACGGGCUGAAGGCCAAUGCUCGGUACUUGGUGCAGGUCCGGGCACGCACGGUGGCUGGAUACGGCCGCUACAGCCUCCCCACGGAGUUUCAGACAACUGCGGAGGACGGCUCCACUGGCAAGGCUUUCCAGGAGCUACCUCUGAUCGUGGGUUCGGCCACCGCGGGGCUGCUCUUCGUCAUCGUUGUGGUGAUCAUCGCUAUCGUCUGCUUCAGGAAGCAGCGCAACAGCACGGACCCCGAGUACACGGAGAAGCUGCAGCAAUACGGUGAGUUCACCCCUGGGAUGAAGGUCUACAUUGACCCCUUCACCUACGAGGACCCCAACGAAGCCGUCCGGGAAUUCGCCAAAGAGAUCGACAUCUCCUGCGUCAAAAUCGAGGAGGUCAUUGGAGCAGGGGAGUUCGGCGAGGUGUGUCGCGGGCGCCUGAAGCUGCCCGGCCGCCGCGAGAUCUUCGUGGCCAUCAAGACGCUGAAGGGGGGCUACACAGAGCGGCAGCGGCGGGACUUCCUGAGCGAGGCCAGCAUCAUGGGCCAGUUCGACCACCCCAACAUCAUCCACCUGGAGGGGGUGGUGACCAAGAGCCGCCCUGUUAUGAUCAUCACAGAGUUCAUGGAGAACUGCGCGCUCGACUCCUUCCUCCGGCUGAACGAUGGGCAGUUCACAGUCAUUCAGCUGGUGGGAAUGCUGCGAGGCAUCGCCGCCGGCAUGAAGUACCUUUCGGAGAUGAACUACGUGCACCGGGAUCUGGCUGCCCGCAACAUCCUGGUCAACAGCAACUUGGUCUGCAAAGUGUCCGACUUCGGGCUCUCUCGCUUUUUGGAGGAUGACCCGGCUGACCCCACCUACACCAGCUCCCUGGGGGGCAAGAUCCCGAUCAGGUGGACGGCUCCCGAGGCCAUUGCCUACCGCAAAUUCACUUCAGCCAGCGACGUAUGGAGCUACGGCAUCGUCAUGUGGGAAGUGAUGUCCUACGGGGAGCGACCCUACUGGGACAUGUCCAACCAGGACGUGAUCAACGCAGUGGAGCAAGAUUACCGCCUGCCACCCCCCAUGGACUGCCCCACAGCACUGCACCAGCUGAUGCUGGACUGCUGGGUGCGGGACCGCAACCUGCGGCCCAAGUUUGCACAGAUCGUCAACACGCUGGACAAGCUCAUCCGCAACGCCGCCAGCCUGAAAGUCAUCGCCAGCGUCCAGUCUGGCAUCUCCCAGCCGCUUCUGGACCGCACCGUCCCGGAUUACACCACCUUUACCACCGUGGGCGACUGGCUAGAUGCCAUCAAAAUGGGACGGUACAAGGAGAACUUUGUCAAUGCCGGCUUCGCCUCCUUCGACCUGGUGGCACAGAUGACUGCGGAAGACCUGCUGAGGAUAGGGGUGACGCUAGCAGGGCACCAGAAGAAGAUCCUGAGCAGCAUUCAGGACAUGAGGCUGCAGAUGAACCAGACGCUCCCGGUGCAGGUUUGACCGCAGGGGACUCUGCAUUGGAACGGACCGAGGGAACCUGCCAACCAGGUUCAGUUUGCGGUGCAGCCCGGCUUCCCGUUUCCCCCUUCACAUGGCGCUCCUCUGCCUCGGACGGUCGCCUGGGACGGGUCGGGACGGGCCGCCCCUCCCCAGGUCAGAGGCACUCGUGCCGAGAGGGAGCCCAGCUUUUCGUCCCGUGUCCUGGAGCGGCGAGGCAGCAACGCAUCUUCAUAUUGAAGAUGGAUUAUGGGACAGAGACGGCACAUCCCGCUUCCCGCCCUGUCUCGGUGCUUAUCGGUUUGAAGAGUUGUUCUGCUUCUUGGAUUUCUUUUCACCCCGUUUCCCCCCCUAAGUCUUCACUUCCCUCCCGUCCCUGAGGCCACAGACUGUUGACCCGUCCGCCGAGUCCGUCAGACACGUCCGAAGCCUUCCCUAUCUCUGGUCACCGCGUGGAAGCAGCCGGGGCAGGCCGAGCCGGCGACAGGGCCGGGGCCAUCGGCCCCAGACAAUCACUCC